UUCUUGUUUACUUGUUCUCAUUUUUAUUUUAUGUUUGGAUUCCGCUUGGCCAAAUCUAUCUUUCGACCAGCACUUUCGCACCGCCUUUGCAGACACAGUCUAUUCUCAACCAUGCCCAAGAUUAUUGGAACGCACAGUGGCACCUUUCAUUGCGAUGAGGCCCUUGCUUGCUACAUGCUGCGCCAGCUCAAUGAGUACAAGGACGCCAAGGUAGUUCGCUCGCGUGACCAGGCUGUCCUAGACACCUGCGACAUUGUUGUCGAUGUCGGUGGUGUUUACGACCACGAGGCCAAGCGCUAUGACCACCACCAGCGUGGCUUUGACGAGCAAUUCUCGAGCGAGUUCAAGACCAAGCUUAGCAGCGCUGGCCUUGUCUACAAGCACUACGGAAAGGAAGUGAUCCGGGCCAUCCUUGCUGGAGAGGAGAUCAGCGACAGUGAGACUGAUAUUCUGUACAACAAGAUUUACGAAAGCUUCAUCGAGGGAAUUGACGGCAUUGACAACGGUAUUUCGCGGUACCCCGAGGACAUCGAGCCGGCAUACAAGGAGAGCACUGGUCUUUCUGCGCGCGUCGGGCGCCUGAACCCCUGGUGGAACGAGCCUGAGGGCGACAUGGAUGCGCGUUUUGUCAAGGCUGUGGCCAUGACCGGCGAGGAGCUUGCUGAACGCGUGCGCUACUUUGCGCUCGCAUGGCUGCCGGGACGCAAGAUUGUUGAGCAGGGAUUCGAAAACCGCUUUGACAUUGAUAGUAGUGGCCAGAUUGUACUCUUUGAGCAGUUUUGCCCCUGGAAGGACCAUGUUGACAUUAUUGAGGAAGAAGUUAUGGCCAAGAGUCCCGAAUCACCCAAGAUUCUGUAUGUUCUGUAUCCCGAUACUGCCGGCGCUUGGCGUGUUCAGGCGGUCCCCGAGAGACCCGGCUCGUUCAAGUCGCGCCACCCAUUGCCCGAGGCAUGGCGCGGUGUGCGCGACGAUGACCUGUCGGAGCGCUCAGGAAUUGAGGGUUGCAUUUUUGUUCACCAGUCUGGAUUCAUUGGUGCCAACAAGACCCGCGAUGGCGCCCUUGCACUUGCUCGCAAGGCAUUGACUAUGGACUAAGUGUUUAUGAAAUGCCACCCCCAGCCAGAUAAUUUGCGUCAGCUUUGCUUUGUUUUAUUUUAAUGUGUACAGCUUGCUAGCAAAUAUGUUUUAUAUUACAAAAGCAUCCUAAUAAAAAGUGAAUAAAAUAUUU